AUGAACUGCACACAGGCUGCUACCAUUCCAGCAUGCAUUCUCGGAUUCGCCGGAGGACUUGCGUACUUUGGUUCUCUGGAGUCGGACGCGACGAAGCCCAUCAUGAUCCGCUAUUUUUCUACUGGCGGUUGUACAGUCUCAUGCAUGGGGCUCGGAUAUCUCAUUGGACCCGCUAUCGGAGCAGCGGGUUGGAGAAUGACUCACCGUCGCGCAAUGAAUCUCAUAGAAGCCAAAGACCGCGAAUUUCACCAACACAUAGUGAAGAAUCGCGUGGAUCCCACAGCUCAAAGCGCCACGAACCCUGUGCCAGAUUUCUAUGGAGAAAAAAUUGGAUCCCUCCACCAAUAUCGACAGUGGUUGCGUGACCAAGCUAGGUUUAGACGGAAAGCACGGUUUGCUGAGGAAUAA